UAACAUUUUAGUCAUUGUGGCUUUUAAAUACAGCUCAGGUAAAAAGAAAAAGAGACCGCUUAAAAUUAUGAGUUGGAUCACAAGCCAUCAAACCAAGCUGAACUGCCUGAAAUUGCACCAGGAGUGGCAUAAAGUUAUUCAAAAGCAGUGUGUAAGACUGGUGGAGGAGAACAUACCAAAAUGUUGAUAAAAAAAACAGGGUUAUUCCACCUAAUAUUGAUUUCUGAUUUCUUAAAACUUUAUGAAUAUAAACUUGUUUUCUUUGCAUUAUUUAAGGUCUGAAAGCUCUGCAUCUUUUUGGUUACUUUAGCCAUUUCUCAUUUUCUGCAAAAAGAUGCUCUAAAUGGCAAUAUUUUUAUUUGGAAUUUGGGAGAAAUGUUAAUUUUACUAAAACAUACACCUAUAAAUAGCAAAAUGAGAGAAACUGAUUCAGACACUGAAGUGGUCUCUUCAUUUUUUUCAGAGCUGUACUUUUACUUGAGUAAGGAAUGUAACUACAUUCAUUACAUACAGGUCCAACACCUUUGAACCUCAUUCCUAAAUGCGGCAUCUGACUGAGAUAAAAUUAAAACAGAAGAUCCAUAGAUGCACAUUUACAAUAUAAACCGUGGUACAGUUUAAGCUGCCAUUUCUAAUAAAUAUGAUGUUUUGUAAUAAAAAAAUAGAUGAUUUAUAUCUAUGUAGGUCUAGCCCCUUUUGAUGACCCAAACAUCUUGUGACAGUAAAGGGAACACGUCGUUUUGUUGGCACAUCAGAUUCACUGAGACAUUUGUUCCUAAUACAGCUGUGAUGAAUUAGCAUUACUUCAUUCAGACUGACCUGAUUUGGAAAUUACUGUGAUGAUGAUUAUACAUUAUUAUCAACUGACACUGAUUCACGCAAAACCUUUAACAUUUAACCUUUUUUUUUUCUUCACUUUUUGACAUAAUGCGAUCCUAGCAGUUCUUCAUAUUGUGUCCGAAUUUCAUGAUUAAUGGGCCAAUAGAAGUGCUCCAAAAGGAACUGAAAUAAAACAUUACUUUUACUUAAAGGGGCACUAACUACCCUCUGGUUUUAGCUGACUCCACCUUUAGCUCACAUUUAACAAAGACAAAAAACAAUUGGAGGAGUAGUUUAGAAGGGCACUGGGUGAUGUUUGGGUUUAGGAGUGGGGCACGAGGUAGAGCUGAUUGGCUAAGCUGACAGCGAUGAGACGCAGAUGGUUGGACGUCAGCUGGGUUUGUUGGGUUUUUUUAUUAAUUGACUGCUCUGCAUAUUGUGAGUGUCCACGUACCAAAAGAUGUGUACCAAUUUCUGAGUACAGUUAAACAGAUAAACCUGAGAGGACACUGCAGGGGCAGAAAUGACCACAACAAAAACGUUGGGCGGGUUAUUAUCUUGCCAAUUUCUGCUAAAAAUGAUCCACCCUGUCAGUGUGCCAAGUCCUGCUGGAAAAUGAAAUCCGCAUUUCCAUAAACCAACACCAGCAGAUGACAUGGCUUCUUAGGCCAUCACUGAUUGUGGAAAUUUCACGCUAGACCUCAAGCAGCUUGGACUGUGUGCCUCUUCACUUGAUUUCCAUAUAAAAUGCAAAAUUUACUGUGAUGGUUUGGAGAGUCAUGUCAUCUGCUGGUGUUGGUCCACUGUGUUCUAUCAAGCACUUUAUGAUUUCCUCUGCUUACAACGUUUAAUUGAGAUGCGGAUUAAAUUUUCCAGCAGGAAUUGUCUGUUUUAAUUUUCUAAGACACUGAUUUUUGGGUUUUCAUUGGCUGUAAGCCAUAAUCAUCAACAAGAAAAUAUAAGUUUUACAUUUUGAACUGAAUUACUGAAAUAAAGUAACUUUUCAAUGAUAUUCUAAUUUUUUGAGAUGCCUUAGUAGUUCCAUCAAAGCUUAAAAGCCUUACAGCUUAAAUGUUUCUGACCACUGAGUGAAAAAAAGACCUAAACAAACUCAGAAAACUCCUUUCUUGCAUUGUCAAAUUAAUAGGAACACUGUGAAAUUCCCUGAGGUAUGAACACGUGUUUAUGUGUGUAAAACCUGUAUGUGUGUGUGAUCUAUAUGUGGUAGACCAAGUGUGAAGACCCCUGUUUUUAGGUGCAACACCUAUAGACACAUUUUGACACUGCGGUGGAAGGUGUUAACCGAUAGCUUUACAAGCAGUACUUUCACUGCUUCCCCGGCUUUGUUCUUUUUUCAUGAUCCAUUGAUGACCUCCUGGACUUCCUCUAGCCUUAUGAAUGUUUUUUCCUUGUUACGUCAUCUGCAGAAGUCUCCCUCUUUGUGUGUGUGGUGUGUGUGUGUGUGUGUUUGCGUUUUUUUACAAGGCCUUCUCAUGUAAUUUGUAUCUCACUUCCCAGUUCACCACAACUGUGCCAUUGCCACGUGUGUGGAACUUCUUCUUCUUUAUCUUCUGACAUUUAUGGCUGAAAAGAUCAAUGGUUGAAAAAUUCCACAUGGAAACGUGACACACACACACUGAUGCAACCGGACACCGAUCCGUUUGACCAAGCGUUUUCCUUUUUCAGAUCUGACCUCCCAGCAUGCAGCUCAAUACUCAAUACAUAUUUCCUGGACAGGGUAUCGUGUUUAGUGGCGACGAUAUUCAUAUCACCCCUGACCACAAUGCUCCCCCACCCGCACCUCGCUCCUGUUCCACUUUUCUUCAUUAGGACCCAUAAUCACAGUGAAAAUACGGGCCAAAUAUUAAUUCACGGAGCUGGUGGAUGUUAGAGACCUUGUGCUCCUCCACCUUCUGUGUGAGGAUGCCCCACAGGUGCUCAAUUGGGUUCUUGGACAGUCCAUCAACUUUACCUUUACCUUACUAGCUUCCCUGAGGUGUUUUUGGGGUCGUUAUUGUGUUGAAAAAUCUGCCAUGCUGCCCAGUUUCCGAAAGAAGGGGAUCAUGAUCAUGAACUAUGAAGAAACUAUGAAUUAUGAAACUAUGAAGAAAUUAUUUAGAAUUAUUUAGCAAAAAAAAGUGUUAAACAAACCAGAAUAUGUUUUUUUAUAUUAGAUUCUUCAAAUUAGGCACCUCUUGCUUAGAUAUAGACAGUUUUGUCCAUCUUGGCUGGAUUUUCUCACUCAGUUUUAUAAAGUAGAGUCACCUGGAAUUACUUUUUUAUCAGUUAACAGCUGUGCUGAACUUCUCAAGAGUUACCAUCAGUUGUUUUGUGAAGAGGUAGAGUUGGUAUAAUACAGGGAAUAGAUCUAUUAUCUAAGUACUAAAAUGUCUGAAAAAAAUAAAAAUAAAAAUCAGUUCAGUCGCAAAGACCAUCAAAAAUGUUAUGAUGAAAGUGGCACUCAUCAGGACCACCCCAGGACAGGAAGACCGAGAGUUACCUCUUUUGUACAGGAUUAGUUCUUCAAAGUUACCAGCCUCAGAAACCGAAUAAAUAAACAGCACCCCAGAUAAGUAUAAGUAUAAGUAUUUGGGUUUGUUUAACCUUUUUAAUUUACUGAAUGAUCCCUUAUGUGUUCCUUCAUAGUCUUAUACAUUAAUGAUGUAAAACAUAAACUUUGAAUGAGAAGUUGUGUUCAAAGCUUUAAACAGAUUUUUUCAUAGGUUUAUAGAUAAGGACAUUUGUUUUUGUGGCUUUUUUAUUGCUCAUAACAAUAUUGGAAUGAUAUUGUAUUGACCGACAUUAAAUUUAAAUUUUAUCUAUACCUAGCCACUUAUCUAUUACACACUCACACCUACCCUCUACCACAAACAGCCCCCCCCCCCCCCAUCCCAUCCCCUCAUGCCAUUUAAUUGGGACCCACAAGCACAGUGGCCUUUAUGCAAUUAUGCAAUAGUGACAAAAGUCAUCAGAGUGUGAAUUCCACCUAAGUGUCUUCCUUUUUUUUUCUCAGAUGCUAUUGUUGUACUUUGGGAUUUUUUUGGCUUCUACCUAUAAAACCUGCUGCAUUCAAACAAAUCAGUUCAGUGUGACCAGAGCUGAGGAAUCGUGUUGUAAUCGAUCAGACAAAAGUGAAGAUGAAGGGAGUCUUCUUUUUCUUGCUUUUUAUCUUUCUCAAUGUGAGAAACAGCACAUCACUUCAGUUUAUCAAGCCAAAUGUUCUUGGUUUGGAAGUGAAUGGGGAUCCUAUGAUACAGAAGAGUGAUGUUUUGUUACACUGUGGAGAUCAGUUUGAAGGAAGUGAGAUUCACUGGCAGAAGAAUGGAAUGACUAUUCCUGAUCAGGGUAACAAUAUAAUCAUUGCUAUCUACGGCAUGCUGGGGGGAAACUACACCUGCCACAAUCCAUCAGGAGAGCUUCUGAACCACACGUUAGUGCUGGUCAAACCAGUGGAUUUCGAGAAGGCUAUUCUGACAGCGACUGAUAAAGAAUUCAUCACCUGUGUAGCGAGGAACUACAGUGGGCCAUUUCAUUGCUUUUGGAAAUGGGAUUCAAAGAGGAAUGGAGUUGUGGUAUUCGUCAAAGCUUCCCGAAACUCUCAGCUUAUGAACUGUUCCCUGGAUGCUGAUAACAACGGGCUGACCUGUGAGGAACAGCAGUGCCCAUCCUCUGAGGAGGUAAAUCGCAUCAGCCUCACCCUGAUGGUCCGGAGCCAGUACCGCCUGGAGGAGCACCAGAAGACUUUCUUCAUCCAUGAUAUCAUUAAACCGGAUAAGGUGAGCAUCGUAAAGUCAAAAGAUGAUGAGUUUGAGUGGGAACAGCCUUCAACAUGGAACACCCCAUGCUCUUACUACCCACUGAUGUAUGAAGUGAAGGUGGUCUCUCAUCGCAAGGACUGUACUCAUAUAGGAAACCAUUCAGAGCCCCAUUACACAAAUUUGACACAGUAUAAGGUCAACUCCAGAAAGAGUUAUACCUUCUGUGUAAGAGCCCAGGAUUCCCUCACCAAUCAAGUCUGGAGUGAAUGGAGCGAGGAGAAGGUCAGCAAGCAAAAGUAAAGAAGGUCUGGAAGAAAACAGUAUAUAUCUUAUCACUACCGUUGACGGGAUGCUUCCAGGAGUGCAUCUUCAUAUUUACAAACUUUCAAUGAAUUUCUGAAGAGAUUCUUAAUCAUAGAUUCAAUAAUGCACUGUGACAGAAAGUUUUUAUUUGGGUUCACAUGCAGAAAUGUAUUUUUUUUUCAAUGCAUGGGUAAUUUAAAAAAGCAAUGUAGUUCUUCCAUGGCAUCACUUUAGAAAAACACUUGAUUGUUGAUGAUUUGUUGCAACUGGCAGGCUGGUUGCUAUAAAGACUUGUUGUUUUUAAAAAAUACAAAAGACCACUUAAAAUGAUGAGUUUCUUAGAUUUUACCAAAUUGAAAACAUCUGGAAUAUAAUCAUGAGGAAGAUGGAUGAUCACAAGCCAUCAAACCAAGCUAAUCUGAUUAAUUUUGCAGCAGGAGUGGCAUUAAGUUAUCCAAAAGCAGUGUGUAAGACUGGUGGAGGAGAACAUGCCAAGAUGCAUGAAAACUGUGAUU